UCAUUCUAGGCCUAACCGUUGUCCCGAGAGGACAUUCUAAUUUAUCCCUGGCCUCUGGGAUUCGUCGGGAGGCUAUCCUUCGAGCCAAGUUCAAACAAGUUCAGUGAAUCAGUUGUACGGCUGCCAAGUGGCAGCCAAAGUGUGUGUUUUGAGUGUAGGAAGGUCAAAUUUUACGAUUUUCACCAAAUGUGCCCAGUUGUUAGAUUGUCCUGUUGUAAGAUUUUAAGCUACUAGGAACGAUACCCGUAGGAGUAUUACGCUGUCUAGUAGCAAGCCCUCAAGUGUACUUAUCGUUGAAUGCCAUUUCAUAGUUUACCGCCAUACAAGUUAGAACGUUUGUUGGCGGCAUCCGCCGUGCGGUGAUCAAGUGCGGUGUACGGUUACGAGAAUACUGCAGAGUGCCUUAUGUUACAUAAUUUUUUGCGCGGAAAUUUUCAUCAUUUCCAACACUCAAACUCGACAUUUUUCUGUGUGUCCUAUUUGAAAAGCUGGUUGAAAUUACAAACGACGAAGCACAAAUCGGGAAAGUAAAUACACUCUAGCGAAGAAUGAGUCUCCGAAUCAAUGGUGCCAACUGGCAGCAGGUUAAAUCGAAAGAUAUAUUAAAUAGCGCACACACGCAUACCAGCACGUGACGCGACGGGACGGGGAGACACUUUUCCGCAUCCGAAAACAGGACGCAGGAAGUUGGAACAAUAGGCGUCCGGGCGCGCGCGCUGAUACUGGUGGUGAAGAGCAGCGGCACAGAACAGACCGUAACGACGAUGGCCAUGCCUGCUGGAAUCGCUCCGGUUGCCGUGUCACUCACGAACAGCCGCUCUCUGCCGUUGCUCUCAUCGCCACUACCCACAGCCGACGAUGUCGACACUGUCACUUCGCAUCAGUCUCGAGGGUGGACGGGUCACGAAGACUAUCCAGUUCGACCCGAACACGACCGUUUUCGAUGCGUGCCGAAUCAUAAAGGACAAAUUCGCGGAAGCGGUACAAGGACAGGCCCAGGAGUUUGGACUUUUCCUAGCAGAUGAAGACACCCGACAGGGUGUGUGGCUCGAACCGGCACGUAAUCUUGGUUACUAUCUGCUAAGAAAUCACGAUGUGCUGGAGUACAGACGGAAGCACCGGAAUUUGCGCGUUCGAAUGUUGGACGGAGCGAUCAAGACAAUUCUGGUUGACGACUCGCAGCCAGUGUCCCAGCUGAUGGUCGUCAUCUGUACGAAGAUCGGUAUCACGAACCAUGAGGAGUAUGGUUUGGUUCGAGAAGACCCGGAUGCUCAGAAUGAAAACCUACCGGACAACAAAUCCAACAUGGGAACGUUGACACUGCGUCGAAAGGUGGCGGAGAAGGAGCGCGAUUCCAAGAUGGAAAGUUUGAGAAAGAAACUCCGCACGGAUGACGAAAUCAAUUGGGUUGAUGUGGGUAAAACGCUCCGCGAGCAGGGAAUAGACGAAGCGGAAACGGUUCUGCUGAGACGAAAAUUUUUCUACUCGGAUCAAAACAUCGAUUCGAGAGAUCCGGUGCAGCUGAAUCUGCUGUACGUUCAGGCCAGAGACGCCAUCCUGGAUGGGACGCAUCCCGUUACGCAGGAUAAAGCUUGCGAAUUUGCUGGUAUUCAGGUGCAAAUUCAGUUCGGUGACCACAACGAAUCGAAGCAUAAACCAGGGUUUUUGGACCUCCGAGAGUUCCUGCCCAGUUCGUACGUUCGAGGGAAAAACAUUGAGAAGAAAGUUUUUGCCGAACAUCGACGCCACGUCGGUUUGUCGGAUCUGGACGCUAAGUAUUUGUAUACGAAGACGGCCCGGGAACUGCCGACCUACGGAGUGACGUUUUUCCUGGUCAAGGAAAAAAUGAACGGUAAAAACAAGCUCGUGCCGCGUCUGCUUGGUGUCACUAAGAGUUCCGUCCUCCGGCUGGACGAACACUCGAAGGAGAUCCUGAAAACGUGGCCGUUGACGACGGUACGUCGCUGGGGUGCUUCUCCGAAUACGUUCACGCUGGACUUUGGGGAUUACGCCGAUCAGUACUACUCGGUGCAGACGACGGAAGCGGAACAGAUCGUACAGCUGAUUGCCGGUUAUAUUGAUAUCAUACUGAAGAAGAAACAGGCUAAGGACCAUUUUGGUAUCGAGGGCGACGAGGGAUCGACCAUGGUGGAGGAGAGCGUGGCACCGUCAAAGGCCACUUUUCUGCAGCAUGAAGAGACGACUCCUUCCGGCAAGGUGGAAACACAAUCAAUUGCAAAACCAGCGAUCAUGCGUGGAUACGACGGCGAACGUCCCUACGGCACUGGGGAGAUGCAGUCCAUGCAGUACGGUGCUAUCGUGGGACAGGUCAACUUGGCCCAUCAACCGCCCAUGUUGCAGCAAACUCGCAUCAGUACGGUCCUGUCGGAGCCACAGCGGGCCCUUAUUGGGUAUAUUUCUGCCGGUCAGGAUGCGAUCAAUAAAGCGGAGAAGGACCUGGAGAGUAAAGCUCAGUUACCCCCGCUGGGAACAGAUCCGGGAUCGCUGCAGUGGCGAGAGGAAACGUUGGACACCUCGAAGCAAACGGUCACGACCCAUUUGGCGACGAUGAACGCCGCCACGGCACAGGUCGUAACCGCCUCCCAGCCGGAUGAGAUCGAUCACGAUGCCGUGGGAGCUGCGGUGUCGCAAAUUACCCAGAGUAUACCGGAGGUGACCAAGGAGGUGCGUCUGAUUGCUGCCCUCAUGGAUGAUGAUUGUACCGGCGAUAAGCUGCUGGAAGCGACUAGGAAACUUUGCGCAGCCUUCAGUGAUCUGCUGAAAUCAGCCGAGCCGGAGAGUAAGGAACCACGACAAAAUCUGCUGAAUGCUGCAAGCCGAGUUGGCGAAGCCAGUGGACAGGUGCUCAGUACCAUUGGCGAGGAGAGUAUGGAGAGUCGUGAGUUACACGACAUGCUGCUGGGGUUGGCCAAAGCUGUUGCGAACACGACUGCGGCACUGGUGCUGAAGGCUAAGUCCAUUGCGGCUGUUACGGAGGAUGAGGCUACCAGAAAUAAAGUCAUUGCCGCCGCAAGUCAGUGUGCACUAGCAACAAGUCAAUUGGUGGCUUGUGCUCGCGUCGUGGCCCCUACUAUCCAGAGUCCGGCCUGCCGUGAGCAGCUAGAAGCGGCUGCACGAGAGGUGGCCAAAGCGGUGGCUCAUCUGGUGGAAGUUUGCAACGAUGCCACCGACAACCAGCAGCUUCGUGGGGACCUGAUGGCAGCUGCGAAGGAUGUUUCGAAAACCCUAGCCGAGCUGCUGGAGCACAUCAAGUUAAGCUCGCGUGAGAAAGCCCGCCGGGUUGACGAGAAUCCCGUCGAAGAGGUUCUGGUAGCGACCGAUAUUUUAGUCUCAUCCACCGAUCCACAAGAAAUGAUUCGACAGGCCCAGCAGCUGGGAAAAGCUACGGCACAGUUGAUCCAGAGUAUCAAGGGAGAAGCCGAACGGCAAGACGAUUCUAACAUGCAGCGCAAACUGCUGGAAGCCGCAAAACAACUGGCCGAUGCGACAGCACGAAUGGUCGAAGCUGCUCGGCUUUGUGCAGGCAAUCCGCAUGACUCGGGUCACCAAGAAUCCCUACGGGUAGCAGCUGAGGAACUCAGAGUAAUCACAACAACUACGGCAAACACGCCAGCGAUCAAGCGUCGGUUGAUCAAUCGUUUGGAGCAGUGCUCGAAGCAAGCAGCUUCCGCAGCUACUCAAUGCAUAACAGCCGCCCAGAACGCACUGAUUCACAGCAAUGACGUUCAGACGAAGGAAAUCCUACUCCAGGACUGUCAGUCCGUUGCCGAUCAGAUUCCACGCUUGGUUGCCGGGGUAAAGAACACACUCUCACGACCGGAUGAUCCGAACGCUCAGCUUGGUUUGAUCGAUGCGGCGGAAAUGUUCCUGGAACCCGGAGCUCAGGUUGCGCAAUCGGCUAGGGAUCUUCAACCAACCGUCAUGGAUCAAGCGGCAUCACAGCAGCUUUCUCGUUGUGCCCUGAAUUUGAGCCACGCCAUUCAUGAUCUUCGUUCGGCCGCCAAUCGGGCCAGAGAAGCUUGCGGUGGAAACGAACUGGACGCGGCCCUGGAAGCGGUACGCAAUCUAAGAAACGUUUUGAAUGACACUCGCCGUGCUGGUCAGGAAGGUAAUCUGCGACCCCUGCCGGGUGAAACAGCAGACAGUUGCUUCAAGCAAUUGGCUGCCGCUAGUAACAGUGUCGAUUCAACACUGUACCAGUUGAUGUCGGCAGUUCAGCAGGGAAAUCGAACGUACGCUGGUGUGGCUGGAAGAGAUACUGCAUUAGCCCUAGGCGAGUACACAAAGAGCGUCCGCGGAGUCGUGGCAACCACGAAAAAUCCGGUGGUGGUUGAUUGCGCCGAUGAAGUUAUCGUAGACUCCAUUCGUGUGAUUGAAGAAGCGCAGAAAACUCUGCAGAAUUUAGGCAAUCAAGAUCAGCUGGUGCAGGCGAUCAAGCGUACGAAGAGUUCGUUGGGUAGAACCAUUGAUUGCUUCCCCGGUGUGAAGGAUAUUAACGACGCCUACGAGAAUAUGGCAGAUUUACGAGCGAUUUUGGAUACCGGAGAGUAUCCACCGUCAAGCCGUGCUUUCGGUCAGUUGCAGACCGAGUUGAAGAGUGCUGCGGAGAAGUUGAAUUCUGCUGGCGGUCAGGUGGCGCAUUCUUAUGACAGUUCGAUCAAGCUGGCCAACACUAGCCAGCAAUUUUAUCACUCUUAUAAGGAGUUGAUGACCGUAACGCUUGAGAUGGCUGGUCAAACGCCUGAGGAUCGUGCUCGCGAGGAGAUUGUCAAUUCGCUGCGUGGAGUUUCGAAUCAGUCGGUGAGUCUACUGGGAACAGCUAAAUUUGUUGCAGGAGAUCCAGAGAGGCCGAACGCGAAAAAUGAACUGUCUUCCGCGGCCCGGAUGGUUACGGAAAGCAUCAAUCGGUUAGUGAAUGUGUGCACACAAGCCGCUCCAGGUCAGAAAGAAUGUGACAGCGCUAUUCGAAGCAUCGAAUCGCUGAGACCGUUGCUGGAGUCAGCGCAGGAGCCCUUGACUGAUCAGGGUUACUUUGAUUGUUUGGAUACGGUAAUGGAAAAAUCUAGGACUCUUGGCGAUGGUAUGACCGGCAUUGCUAACAAUGCUAAACUAUCAAAGCAUGCGGAAUUCGGUCACUCAGUUGAUUCGGUGUCCGACUCGAUUAGAGGUUUGAUUGAGUCUGCAGGGCAGGCAGCCUAUUUGGUGGGUAUUUCUAAUCCAACAAGCGUCGGUGGUCGGCCCGGGUUAGUGGAUCAGCGACAAUUCGCCCGAGCUUCUCAGGCGAUUCGUCAGAGCUGCGAAGUUCUUCGUGGUCCCGCAUCGUCUCAGCAGCAAGUUCUCUCAGCUGCGACGGAUAUUGCUAAACAUACGUCGGCUCUGUGCAGUGCAUGUCGUAAUGCGAGCUCUACAACAACCAAUCCAGUCGCGAAGCGUCACUUCGUUCAGGCAGCGAAGGAAGUCGCCAAUUCAACCGCCGACUUGGUGCGUGAAAUCAAAGCCCUAGACAAGGACUACAGUCCGGUUUCCAGAGCACGUUGCGCUUCCGCAACGGAGCCCCUCCUGGAAGCAGUUUCAUCCUUGUGUCAGUUCGCGAACUCCGCUGAGUUCAUCUCUAUUCCGGCACGAAUUUCGACAGAGGGCCGGAAAGCGCAGGAACCGAUUCUUCAGGCCGGUCGUGGAAUUUUAGACGGUGCUGUUGAUAUGGUGAAAACGGCUAAGGUGUUGGCAAUGACUCCAACCGAUCCUCCAGUUUGGCAGCAGUUGGCCAUCCACAGCCGAAAUGUUUCGGAAAGCAUUAAAAAGCUGGCUUCUAGCAUUCGUGAGAAGGCCCCAGGUCAGUUGCAGUGUGAUCAGGUUUUGGAAAUGUUAAAGGCGUGCUCUCGGGACUUAAACUCUGCAGCACUCGCCGUCGGUGUUGAUGGUCUUCCCCAGCGGAAGGAGAACAAUCUGCAGGGUUUCACCAAUCAGUCGCUGAACGCUGCUUCAGAGUUGAUCGACCGUCUGGAGCCAGUGAAGUCAUCUGCCAAGAAGAAUGCCGAAAGUCUUGGCCAUGCUGUCAAUCAGAUUGCGAAGCACAUUGUGCCUCUGACUAACGGAGUUAUCGGAGCUUGUUCCCACGUCGUACACUCGGGUCAGCAGACGGUGCUGAUCGAUCAGGUCAAAUCGGUUGUCGAGUGCUGCUCGCAAUUGGUGCAAGUAGCUAAGAAUGCCGGAGGGAAUCCUCGUGCGUCACAUCUUCACCCGGAACUGGAUGAGGCUGUUGAAUCCACACGUGAAGCAAUUCAGGAACUCAACGCUACAGUUGAACGUUUGUCCACCGAGAACGGUGUUGUGACUGGGCUGAUGGAACAGAUCUCUCGUUCGAUGUCACGUAUUACCGACAAGCGCCAGUCCUUCCUGGGGGCUUCCAUCAACGAAACUUACGUCGAUUAUCAAACUCGUAUGGUACAGUCUGCUAAGGAGAUCGCCCGUUAUGCCAAUGAAAUCAACGCUAAAGCGGCUGUUGAUCCCUCCAAGUUAGCUCAGCUUUCUGUAGAAAUGACUCAUCACUACACACAGCUAGCUCAGGACUCAAUUGGUGCCUCCGCGUUAACCACUUCUCCGGAUGUUGCCAUCCGUAUUCGCAAUACCGUGCAGGAUUUGGGCCGCUCGGUCAAUGUUCUUAUCCAAUCGACGGCUGGAAUUCGCAAAGAUGAUAGCUCUGGGCUGGUCGAGAUUUCCCGUGGAGCUCGGGACGUUUCGGAAAAGGUUUCGCAGGUGCUUGCGGCUUUACAGGCCGGUUCCAGGGGAACACAGGCUUGCAUCAACGCUUCCAGCACGGUUUCAGCCAUCAUCAGCGAUCUGGAUACGACCAUUAUGUUCGCCACGGCUGGCACGUUGCACUCGGAAGACAACGAAAAGUUCUCCGACCAUCGGGAGCACAUUUUGAAGACCGCCAAGGCACUGGUCGAGGAUACUAAGAUUUUGGUGGCUGGAGCUGCCGGAACCCAGGAUCAGUUGGCUGCCGCCGCACAGAAUGCUGUUACUACCAUUUUACAACUGGCGGAAGCAGUUAAGCACGGCGCCGCUUCCCUCGGCUCCAAUCAGCCCGACUCGCAAGUGAUGGUGAUGAACGCGGUGAAAGAUGUCGCUGCAGCACUCGGUGAGCUAAUAAACGCUACUAAGCUUGCAUCCGGUAAACCCAUUAACGACCCGGCUAUGAAUGAUUUGAAAGAUAGCGCUAAGGUCAUGGUGAUGAACGUCACCUCGUUGCUGAAAACUGUUAAAGCCGUCGAAGAUGAACACACGCGGGGUACCCGCGCAAUGGAAGCUACCGUCGAUGCCAUUUCCCAGGAGAUCCGUUCGAUGCAGUACGCGCCGGAUAUGCACCGGGCCAGCAUGCAGCAGCUGUCCAGACCGGAGGAUUUGAUCAUGGUGACGAAGCACGUGACGGCCGCGACGGCUAAGGCCGUUUCGGCCGGAGCUUCGAACCUGCAGGCUGAUAUCGCUGCUGCUGCUAAUUUGGGUCGUAAAACCAUUUCCGACAUGCUGGUGGUGUGCAAAUCCGUCGCUUGGUCCUGCGCUGAAACACAAGAGCUUCGCCAGCGAACGCUGGAUGCCGGUUCAGCGGUGGCCAUCGCCUACCGGGAUCUGCUGGAGGGAAUCCUCAACCAUUGCAGUGCCGACGAACGAAUGCAACUUUCUCGAAGGGUGGCGAAGUGUGUGACCGAUUUGGUCGGCAUGGCACAGUUGCUGAAGGGUUCCGACUGGGUGGAUCCCGAUGAUCCGACAGUGAUUGCGGAGAACGAGCUGCUCGGUGCGGCUGCUUCUAUCGAAGCGGCCGCCAAAAAGUUGGCCAGCUUGCGACCUCGUCGACAGACUGAAGUGAAGGAAGCUGAUGAAAGUCUUAACUUUGAUGAAAUGAUUCUGGAAGCCGCCAAGGGAAUCAUGGCAGCCUCAUCGGCGCUGGUCCGAGCAGCUAAUGCGGCCCAACGAGAGUUGGUGGAUCAGGGUAAAGUGGCCCGCCGUCCGCUCACCUCGUCAGAUGAUGGCCAAUGGUCAGAGGGGUUGAUUUCUGCUGCCCGUUUGGUUGCUGCCGCUACCCAUAGCCUUGUGGAAGCUGCCCAGCACUUGGUGCAAGGAACCGGAACCGAGGAGAUGUUGAUUUCAACCGCAAAGCAAGUGGCCAGUUCGACUGCUCAGCUCCUUAUUGCCUGCAAGGUGAAGUCUGAUCCGAACUCGGAAACCGGAAGAAGACUGCAAGCUGCGGGUAAUGCUGUUAUCAAGUCGACAGAUAAAUUAGUACAAGCUGCCCAACAAGCCAUCGAAGGUGAAGAAGAACACACUCUGAAGCUCAAUCGGAACAUGGUUGAUGGAAUGGCUCAGGAAAUUAACGCUCGAUCGGAGAUUCUAAUGCGUGAGCGACAACUGGAGGAAGCGAAGAACAAAUUGAUUGCCAUUCGUCAUGCCAAGUACCGUCAGAAGCUGGCCGGUGGAUUCACUACCGACAGUAGCGACGAAGGAGGUAUUCAGCCUCCGACAUUUACCGGUUAUCAAACCGUUUCCCCAAAGCCACAUACCUUGCCCAAGCCCGGUACUUAUUCCCCGAGCACGAUUCCCGGACCCGGACAAGCAUCGGCCACCGGAACGUUCCCACGUCAGCAACAAACUCAGCAGCACCAAUCCAGCACCGUAACGAACAGCUCUACCUUCCAAAGAUCCCCGCUACUGACGGCCAACGCCGUCCCGAAGCCGUACCAAUCGGAUGCAAUCAAGUCACCAACGGCACUGGUUUCACCAUCCAUUCUGAAUCGAUCGUACGAAACGACCAGAGUAGAGAACUCGAAUCUAAAUGCCAGUAAAUUCAACCGAGUGCAGUUCGAUGCCGCCGUGCAGGACUUGCACAACAAGGUUCAACCUUUGAGUACUUUCCGGGCGUCACCAAGUCCACAGCAUCAUCAACAGCCGCAACAGCAACAACAAGCGAAUUACGGAAAAGUUUCAUCCAGCAGCACAACUGUCACCACCAGUAAUGGAAACGCAGCCCCACAGAACUACGAAGGAUUUACGACGAGAUACGAAACCCGUGUCUUUCCAGCUACCAAUACUAAUCCAGCCCCUAAUACCCUAAUCAAUGUCGAGCAGCAGUUCGCUAAACUAAACCUAGAGAACCAUCAGCAACAGCAACAGCAGCAGCAUUCACCCUUGCACCAGCAGCAGCAGCAGCAUCUUCUACAGCAACAGUAUCAGCAAUUUAGUAGCAGCAGCGGUAGCACCCUCAGUAACCACCAUCAGCAAUAUCGCACCAGCCCACUAAAUAGCAUCGCACCCAUUAGUGGCAGUAGUCCUAACCACCUGCAAGUAGUAACAAGUAGUAACAACAACGGUACACUUAAUCUUCUUGACAGCAGCAGUAGCAAAAUGGAACAGCGAAUUUCCUCCCAGCAGCAACAGCAGCAGGUCAUCACCAAAAAGGUCCACAUGACCUCGUCAUCGACGAUGAAAUCCACGACCAGCAGUUCCAGCGGGUGGAAGUAAACUAUUCUGGUCCGGAACCAGCCGAAAGCAAACCGGUAAAUUGUUGUAUCUUUUUUAGUGGUGAAUAUUGUUAUUUGUAUAGUCAAGCGCGACCGAAGAAGCCCUAAAACGGGAAAUUAACUCCCACAUGUGCCUGUUUUUAUUGUCGGACUAAUCGAUGUUGUACUAAGUAGCGAGAAAAAGGGAGAAAGCCGAAAUGGUGUUAAUCGAUAGCUUCCAUUGCGUUUAGAAAUGUUGUUAACAACUGUGUAGAAAAAAUUGUAUGUUUGGGAAAAUUAAACGCAAACACUAAACAUGGGUCUGCCAGCAGACUCGUUAUUCACUUAUACGAGCCUAGAACUUAAGCGAUCCGCCCACCCCUCAGUGGGUAAUGCGGCUUAUUAGUAGUGCCUCCAAGAAAGAAAACUAAGCAAUUGUCUUCUAUUAAAUUGUUAUUAUCGCGGAAUUGUUUUGUUUUCGUCUUUGAAACAAACAAAAUCACAAAGUGCCACCCACAGACACACACUCACACCUUUGAAGAUGUCAGUUUUGAAAUUUUACUAGAGAAUUAUAAAUUUUUUUACGCAACUAAAAUAAGUCUACCUUAACUGCAGAAUGGUUUUCAAUGCUAACGUGCCUCUUUGGAAAUGUUAAAAUUUUCAUUAAAAAAUAAAAGUAUACCGAUACAAAAAAAUUAUAUACAAACGACAUCUUUUUCACCGUUUGCCUUUUCACAUAAAAUCUAGCGACGAAAGUUUAGACAAAAAAAUACGAUUGCCAAUAUUAACUGUGUGCCAUUUUUUGUCUAAGAAGUGUUUUUACUUAAAUUUAAAAAAAAAUACACGCACAUAUUUUUGAAGUACGUUUAUAUAAAGCAUUUGCAUAUUCUGCAAUAUCUGUUCAUUACAAUCCGUGGCAAAUAAAACAGCACUUAAGAAAAUAAAAAGCGAACGCUUUUCUUAGUUUUGAAGAGCCAAAUUAGACCGCGUGUUUUUUGUAUAGUGUAAUAAAGUCAACCCCGCGUCUCAAGCGUAAGCGGUAGUAAAUAACGGAAAGUAAUAUUUUAUAUAUACACAUUAAUAACUGAUGAUUUUUAUUUCUCUACGCAACAGCAAACAAUAAUCAAGCCAACACUAGUAAUAGCAUGAAGAUAUUAACGCAACAAGUAACGAAUAGAACGUGAAUGAGUAUUGUUUUUAUCCUUCGUCUUCUACUUCUUCCUCUAAUUAAUGAUUGUAUUUUAACGAAACGAUAAACACAAAGCAGAAGUAACGUAGAACUACUAUUUUUCAACCGUUCGAAAAUAAAAACAAAAUAAUUCGAGGGUUCAAACUAAGCGCUAGUUGAUAUAGCAAACGAUGUAAAACAGCAGUAUAAUGAAAAACGAGUAAAUUUUAACCAAUAAAGCGCUUUAAUAUAAUUAUU